AUGUCUUCCUCCACCACUGAGACGCAAGAGAUGCCAGCGGUCACGUCUCGCCAGACGAUUGAAGGCCAUACUGACUGGGUAGGAGGUGCUGUGCACCUGCCUGGCGGACAACACAUCAUCACAUGUUCAUGGGACGGCUCACUCCGCUUAUGGGACCUGGAGAGUGGCGCACAGGUGGGUGAUGACUGGCGAGAUGAGGGGUACGAUGCAGGAGUGAGAACCAUAGCAUUGUCUCCAAACGGCAAAGAAGUUGCAAGCGGAAGCUGGGAUGGGAAUGUGAGGUUGUGGGAUGUCGCGAGGGGCAAGGUCAUCGCAAAAUGGACAGGACACAUUGGAGGCAUAGUGUCAGUGUGCUGGAGUGCAAAUGGUGAGCGAGUCUUGAGCGGUUCUGAACUCUACGGGACGGCAUGUUUGUGGGAUGCCAAGACUGGUAAAACCGUCGUUGGUCCAAUCGAGACCGGGCACGAGUAUAUGCACGCAGUAAUGUGCUCGCCUGACGCAUCCAAAUUCGCGACGGGCGGAUUCAACGAGAGUGGAGUAAAAAUCUGGGAUUGCAAGACGGGUGGCAAGCUGCUCGCUACACUCAAAGACGAUGGUCAUGCAGUUCACAGCUUGGCAUGGACGUCGAAUGGAAAAAAGCUCAUCUCUGGGUCACAUGGGUCUAUUAGCAUAUUCAACACAGUCACUUGGGAACAGGUCGUCAUUAUCAAGGGUCACAUGAACGCGUAUGUCGAGGCCAUCACCUUGUCUUCCAAUGACCGCCUUCUCGUGAGCGCAUCGGAUGACAAAACAGCACACCUGUGGAAUCUCGAUACCAACCUCCCAAUUGGACCACCCUUCCAGCACAAUGAUUAUGUUGACUGCGCAACUUUUUCCGCUGAUGGAAAGUUGUUAGUCACUGGUUGCCGAGACCAAAAUGCAUACGUGUGGGACGUCUAUGCCAUUCUCAAAGAAGCUGGCUUUGAAGACUUACUUCCCAUCCCUGAUGCCUCAGCUGAAAAUUUUUUAGUGGGUGAAUGUGAGGCUGAGGGUAAUGGACUACCACCAGACUUCUUUUUCGACGAUGCGCGACAUGGUGCUCGUUCCUCUGCAACAUACGGCCCGGGUGAUCAUCACCGUUCCUCUGCCCGCCGCCGUGCCCUCUUGCCCUCUUUUGGGAGUCUAAAUGCGGCCCUCAGCCGCCUUGCGUCGCUCAUUCGUCCCUCUUACUCCAAUGUCGGUGAAGUAAUUGAAUUACAGCAACGCCCGAGACAAUCCACCUUUUCUCAUCGCCGUUCUCCUAUUGUGGAAGUUGCUGCAGUACGGGACAAACAGGCACUGUUCGUUGCUCCGCGACACAAGCCGAAACCAAUGCAGCAGCAAAGCCAACCACAAAGCCAAGCUCAGACGUCGUCAUCGCAAACUCAGCCUGCCGCCGCCUCAGCGUCCACGACACCGCCCGCUCCAGAUACCAGUAAUACCACACCAGAUGUGGUAUUAGAAGGAAUGAUUUUGGCCCUCAUCAGAGGGGAGCACACUCAAGCUGUACACUUCAAGAUCAGCAAAUUCUACCACGUCGUUAGCAUCCAAGGAACUUCUUUGGACGCUUUCGCCGCGAGCGCUGAGGAGAUCCUCAAUAUUUCUGAGCUUUCCAUCCUCCGUGCUAUCCUUGAACCAACCGAGAUUAUCCGCCAUGAGAUGCCUGACGGGGAAAUACAGUAUGAGAUUCGGCAGCAACAAUAUCAAUGA